AUGGAGCAGUUUGUGUCUGCUGAUCGGUCUUUAUCGGUCUGCAAGCGGCUAUGUUACGCAGCGGGACAUUUCCUGAACGACCUGUGCGCCUCCAUGUGGUUCACGUAUCUGCUGGUGUACCUCCACGCCGUCCUCGGGUUUCAGAGCACCUAUGCAGGUGUGAUGCUGCUGAUUGGUCAGAUAGCGGACGGAGUCUGUACCCCUCUGGUGGGGUAUGAAUCCGACAGAACACCUGGUUUGCUGAGGUACGGCAAGAGAAAGACCUGGCAUUUCUUCGGAACCGUUUGUGUUCUCGUGUCCUUCCCCUUCAUUUUCAACCCCUGCCUGGCCUGCACCGACAGCACUCCUCAGUGGGCUCAGAUCCUUUACUUCUCUCCCUUCAUCAUCAUCUUCCAGUUCGGCUGGGCAGCAACUCAGAUCUCACACCUAUCUCUUAUCCCAGAGCUGGUGUCCAGUGAGGGCGCCAAGGUGGAGCUCACUGCAUACAGGUAUGCAUUCACUGUGGUGUCCAACAUCACAGUCUACACUGUGGCCUGGCUGCUCUUUCACUUCCAGGCUCAGCACAAUGUGGACCCGUCCAUCACAGACAACCUGGGCCAGGAGGACAUCCCUCUUUUCAGGAUGCUGGCCUUCAUCAUGCUGGGCACUGGGGCAUCAUUCUCCCUGAUAUUCCAUGUUGGUACGAAAGAGAAUGCACCAUCCCCAGAGAGAGAGAAUGGGCUGAUCACACCUUCCCCGUCACAGGAAUCUUUGUCUCGCCCUGUAUUUCAGUGGAAGCAGUGGUUAAAGGAGCCCUCCUUCUAUCAGGUGGCUUUUCUGUACAUGUGCACCAGACUCAUAGUCAACUUGUCUCAGACCUACAUCUCAGUUUACCUCACCAACUCACUGAUGUUACCAAAGAACUUCAUUGCCAUCAUACCUCUGGUGAUUUAUGUCAGCAGCUUUGUGUGCUCUCUGGUCAUGAAACCAGUCAGCAAACGCAUAGGCAUCAGCAUUACCUAUUUGUUUGGCUUGCUGCUGGUGCUCGGCUUUGCCACCUGGGUCUUUGUGGACAAGAACAUGGGAGCUAAGAGCAUCUAUGGAGCAGCAGUGCUGCUGGGAGGAGGUUCAGCUACAAUCCUGGUUAUGUCUCUGUCUAUGACCGCCACUCUCAUCGGAGAACAGACGCAAAGUGGAGCCUUUGUUUAUGGAUCAAUGAGCCUCACAGACAAGGUGGCUAAUGGUGUGGGGGUCAUCAUCAUCCAGAGCAUCCGACCAUGCAGCACUGAGUCGUGCUGCCUGGACUGUGUUUGGUUUUAUCGUGGCGUCAUGGCGACAGUUACCGGGGGCGUCGCCGUGGCUGCAGCGCUAUGCCUAUUCACAAUUCUCAUCUGGCCAAUCAGGAUACGGAAAAAUUAG